CAAAAUUCGUUUGUAUAAGCGCACAUGAACGCGGAUUCCCUCGACGGACGUCUACUGUUUGCAAUUCCCAAGAAAGGGAGAUUGUAUGAAAAGUGCUUAUCCAUUCUUGCUGGUGCGGAUAUCCAGUUUCGACGACACGCUCGAUUAGAUGUCUGUCUUGUCCUCAACCAUCCAAUCGCUUUGGUGUUCCUCCCUGCAUCGGAUAUCCCAAGCUUUGUUGGCAAGGGCAACGUCGACCUUGGUAUUACAGGACACGAUGUGAUCGUCGAAUCACAGAUGCAUGAGCACGUUACCGAAGAGCUCCGGUUAGAGUUUGGAAAGUGUGCCCUGCAAGUCCAAGUUCCAGAAGCUGGGUCAAUCACGACUGUCGAAGACCUUGCCGGUAAACGCGUUGUUACCAGUUUUGAGGUGCUCUCAGGGGAUUAUUUUGGUAAACUUGACGACCAGCUCCAACUCUCAGGCGACAAACGCACAAAGAUCGAAUACGUCGGUGGCAGUGUUGAAGCCGCAUGUGCGUUAGGACUUGCUGAUGGAAUCGAGUCCGGAGACACCAUGCGUGCAGCUGGUCUUCAUGCAAUUGCCACGGUCUUAGAAACAGAAGCUGUCCUUAUCAAGUCCCGAGUCCCGAAACACGAAGCGCACUCCAAUCUGAUCACCCUCAUCACCAAUCGAAUAAAGGGAGUUGUCGCCGCAAGCAAAUACGCUAUAUGCCAGUACAAUAUUGCCCGGGACCGACUUCCCUCAGCUAUCGCGAUCACCCCAGGGCGUAGGGCACCAACUAUCAGCCCAUUGGAAACAGACAAUUGGGUGGCUGUCAGUAGUAUGGUUGAGAAGAAGAGACUUGCUCAAAUAAUGGAUGAUCUCGUAACAACUGGUGCUGAGGAUAUACUCAUAUUCAAUCUUGAUAAUUGCAGAGUUUGA